UAACCAAUUCAUUAUGGCGGUGCCCAUUAAACUGAUGAUAGAACUGGACGCACGUGCGGGAAACUUUGAUACAUAGCAGUCACUGGUUGAUUUGUUAUAGUGUUUAUUUGAAGCGUAGAAAUACCAGUAAAAAGGUGCCAAGGCGACAUUUUGAUAUGGCAGAAGAAGAACCUAAAAAGAAACGUGCCAGGCUGAACACAAAUGGGCAGAGCACAAAAAGCAAUUGGAAUGAGCAGUACGAGAAACUGCGACAGGAGCGAACUCAGCUGCCGAUUUAUCCCUCAAAACAAACCCUGAUUGAGGAAGUCGAGAAAGUGGACACUGCGAUAGUGAUUGGAGAAACGGGUAGCGGAAAGACAACUCAGAUCCCACAAUAUCUGUUGGAGACGCGUCUGAACCGAGGUGCAAUAAUAGCUGUAACCCAGCCACGUCGAGUUGCAGCUAUUACAAUCGCCCAGCGAGUAGCUCAAGAGAAACGGUCGGAGCUUGGAGGAUUGGUUGGGUACUGUGUGAGGUUUGAAGAUGUCACGUCAGAGACGACCAAAAUAAAAUACAUGACUGAUGGAAUGCUGCUCAGAGAAGCCAUUUUGGAUCCAAUCCUCAAACGGUAUUCUGUGGUGAUUCUUGAUGAAGCCCACGAGAGGACGAUUCACACUGAUGUGUUGUUUGGAGUCGUAAAGGCUGCCCAGAGGAAGAGGAAGACCAGCGGGAUGAAACCUCUCAAGAUACUUGUGAUGUCUGCUACGAUGGAUGUAAAUCAUUUCUCGGACUACUUCAACAACGCUCCGAUCCUUUAUUUGGAGGGAAGGCAGUACCCAGUAGAACUGCUGUAUGCCUGUGAACCUCAAAGUGACUACCUGUAUGCGUCCCUUGUUACACUCUUCAAAAUACACAAACAGGAGCCACCCGGGAAAGAUGUGCUUAUUUUCCUCACUGGUCAGGAGGAGAUAGAAUCUGCCGUUCUGUCGAUCCGUGACCUUGCCAGGGACACCCACAACGAUCUCCCGCCCAUGGUUGUCUGCCCCUUGUAUGCGGCCCUACCGUCAUAUUUGCAACUAAGAGUUUUUGAGCCAACACCAAAGGGUUCGAGAAAAGUUAUUGUAUCGACAAACAUUGCUGAAACCUCAAUCACCAUUCCUGGCAUACGGUUUGUCAUCGACAGUGGCGUGGUGAAAGCAAAGGUGUUUAAUCCAGGCAGUGGACUAGAUUUGUUGAAAGUAGUCCGUGUGUCUCGUGCUCAGGCCACGCAGAGAAUGGGUAGAGCGGGUCGUGAGGCUCCCGGAGCAUGCUACUGUCUGUACACGGAGGAGGAACACGACGCGUUCAGAGCCAACACUCUACCAGAGAUACUACGGUGUAAUUUGUCUAGUAUUGUACUACAGCUUCUGGCAUUGGGGAUUACCGACAUUGUCAACUUUGAUUUCAUGGACAAACCUUCAGUUGAGUCAAUUGUGAAUGCUCUGGACCAGCUGCACCGUCUUGGAGCUGUUGAAAAAACUGAUAAAAUUAAGCUAACACCAACUGGCAAGAAAAUGGCUGCAUUUCCUCUUGAUCCAAGAUUGUCAAAGACAAUUUUGGUUUCAAAAGACUUCCAUUGUAGCGAGGAGAUUUUGAGUAUCGUGUCCAUGCUGUCUGUUGAGUCGGUAUUCUUUACUCCGCAGAAUAAGAGGGAUGCAGCACUAGCAGCCAGAAAGAAGUUUGUGUCCAGUGAGGGCGAUACAGUCACGUUACUCAACAUCUACAAGGCGUACAAGAGUGCUAGAGGAGAUAAGCACUGGUGCUUUGAGAACUACAUCAACAGGAGGAACAUGAAGAUGGCUCUGCAGGUGCGGAAACAGCUUCGAGAAAUUACACAGAAACAGAACUUGCCUCUAAAGUCCUGUGGUGUAGACACAACCGCCAUACGAGACCUGACCGUGAUAGAUCCGGACUGGUUGUACGAAGCGGCUCCCACCUACUUCAAGAAGCGCAAACCUGCCGCCAUCACCUGA